UGUAACUUAGCAACAGCCUUGUCCCGCCACAAGGAUUGCCGCUUUGGCUCUAGUGUUCCUGGAUGAUGUGCCACCUCUGUAUACAGCGAAGCGCUCCAAAGAAACUCCACUGAACAUCAUUCAGCCCUAGCUAGGUGCUGUCGGCGGCGCUGAACUCGAUAUCCUGAGCAUCCUGCUUUGAUCGACGCGAACCGCUCGACACCCGCUCGCCAAAUUCACACAGCAAAUUUGCGACCAGGAGACGGAAACUCAAAAAUGUCGCGCGACUCCUCGCACACGUACUUGCAUCUCCAUUUCUCUCACCACGCAGAGCUCCUCGAAGACUUCACCCACCCCUCCACUUCGCAUCUGGGCCCGGACGAGAUCUACUUGGCCCCGCAGCAUCAGCCGCUGAAUCCAGAGGACGAAGACGACGUAGUGCCGGACAUGCACGCCGCCUUUGGCAUCCAGAGGGCGACGCAGAAGCAAAAAGAACCAAGCUGGAGGGACCUCGGCCUGGUCGAGUUGAUGAACGGAUUAAACACCGGCUUCCCUAUGGCCGGUGGUGGUGGUGGCGGUGGUGGAAGGAGAGGGAUACCGAUCGUGAGUCAGGGUGCCAGCGGCACGUCGGGUUCCGAGAGGGCUGGUUCUCUGGAGACGGGUAGUGAGCGGUCCGGAAAUGGAAGCACAGCUGACGCGUUGAGGUCCCGAAGAAGAGUUGAGGGUACGAUCGGGGCCAGGCUGAGGGGAUGAAGCUGUCCGGUGUCAUGAUCUCCAUAAGACAAUUCGCAGCCCUCGUGCUGCAUGGCACCCUUGGGCGGCACUCAAAAACAGGCCCUCUGUGACCUCAAGCCGCAAGAGCAUUCCGAGAGACUCCCGUGUUCAACGCCUUGCGCCUGAGUCCUCUCAUCAUUUGAUUGUCGCGUUUUUGCUCGCUGAUGGUUGUGCAUCAGAACUCGUGCAAGCGCAGCCAGGCGAUGGACAAGGGGUAUGGCAGCAGAGAACCUGAACAUCUUCCAAAAGAGGUAUCUUGGGCCGAGUAAUCAAUCUGAACUACGUUAAGCGCGGACUUGCCAAACGUCUCUGCAAUAGAGAAACCGACGACUGCAUCAACGCCGGCACAUGCAUAGUUAAAGGAGACGGCACACGUGAUUGUUCCCAGACUUUGCCGCCAGGUUUUUGUACUUCCUACGGUGGCAGCUAGACAUGUACGGGGCAUACGACAUUUGUCAAGGAGAGGGACCGCUAUAUAGUCCAGUGUCAUACUCGGCGCAAAGGGAUGAAACAGCAAGCACGCUGCUCUUCUUGAGCCCCACGAACAAAGAGAGCUAAAAUUGGGUUCGUCUUGGAGCAUGUGAACUGCAAGUAAGCACGGAUAGAAGUAAUAAACACAUUGGUUGAUGGUGAA